AUGUUUUUAGCGAGUACUCCUCCAAAAUAAACAUAAAAAGCUACUGUCAAUGAUUAUUUUGAUUCAGAGUCAGAUUGUUCAAAUCACAAAAACAAUGAUAAUGCUUUAAUCGAAAAGAAUUUGAUAUAAUCUUAUUCAGUUGAAAGUUAAUCUAAUUUAAUAGGCAAUAGAUAUAAUAAUAUUAAUCAAAUAGAGAUAGAAAAGCUAAGAGGAUAAAACUCUGUUUCUUAAUAGGUUAUUGCUGAAAAGCUUCAGUAGAAAGAUUUUUUUAAAUUUUAAUAUUUUAGUUCUGAAAAAAAGCAGCUCUCUCCUGAUGAUUAAGAUUAAAGUGACGAGGAAGAUUUAUAGUAAUCCAAAAAAAACUCUCACAUUUUUACUAAUAAGUCUGUUUUGGCGGAAAAAAAAUAAGAAUUUAAUAAUUAAACAGAUAUAAUUAGGAAUGAUUUUAACAUAGACAGAAACAUCUCAAUUUAGGGCGAGAAAGAAUUAAAAUAAUAAAACAAUAAUUAAUAAUCUGCUUAAAACAACCAUUUGGCUUAUUAAUUAAAUAGUUCUUUAAUACCUUUUGCAGCUGAAUCUGAAAAAAUUAGAUAAAAUCAAGCAAAUUCACAAGAAAAUAAUUAAAGUAUUAAAAUUAAUAACAUUUUUAAUUAGCAGAAAUAGUAAUCAAUUGAUAAUAAUUAAAUAAACUCAAUCAAUCACUUACAAAUUAAUAUCAACAAUAUUCCUUUAAAAUAAUAAUCAGAAGAAAAGGGGAUAGUUAAUAUCACUCAAGAAGGCCAAAUGAUAAAAACUUAAUCUCUACUUAACUUAGUAGAGAACUAAAAAAUGUUAAUUGAAGUUAAACCUCAUCUUAAAGAUUUUGACCAUUAAAAUUUUGAUGAUAAUAUUCUAGCUGAAGAAAUAGAAAUAGAAAUCGAUAAUUCUAAUUACGACCGCUAAUCUAUUUCAGAUGACGAAUUUAGUUAACAUAAUCAAAAAAGUAAUACAAAUGUUCAAUUUUAAGAAUCUAAAAGCAUAUUCAAAGAUGAGGAAUAAAAUGGUAUGUAAAUAAGUUUAUCUGAAAAAUGCAGGAUUAUCGAUUAAAGUAGUAAUUAAUCUAGAAUAGGUUUUUUGAAUUUGAAUAAUUCUGAAAAUUCAAAUUAACAACUCACAUAUUUCAACAAUUUAUAAGAAUCAAGUAGUGAAUCUGAAAAUUCAAGGAAUUCUUUCAUUAAGAGAGCAUAGCAAAUAUUUAAUUAAAACAAUAAUACUAAGUAAUAGCCAAGCUAGGUAAAUAAAAGCACAAUUGAUACAAAUAAUAAUAAUUAUGAUAAUGGUCUACCAGAUCCAUUUUAAAAUGAGAAAUUUUUUUAAAAGAAAAAAAAUGAUUUAUAAUUUUAAGAUUAAGCUUAGUUUUCCUUUGCUAAGGUAAAAAAAAAUGAGGGAAAGAUUGCAUAAACUAAUGGUGCUAUUUUGAUUGAUCAAAAUAAAAGGAAAAAUCUAUUCUAAAACGAACAAAUUAAUUUCUCUGUUCCUUAAAAAUAAAAUUAAAAUUUUUAGAAAUUUACUAUUUAAUUUGAAGAAUUUGAUGAAAGUUCAUAAGAAAACUCAUCAAUUUAAUAGAACCAAACCGAAAAAGGCUAAAAAAUUAUUGAAGACCCCUCUUUUAAAAAUUUUAGUAUCAAAUAAGAAUUGUAAAGUAAUAAAGGAACUUUUGAGAAACCUCAAUUACCUAAAAAAAACAAUUAAAUCUCAGAACAUUAACUUAAAAUUGAGUAAGAAAGAAAAAAAAAUUAACCUAAUAUUUUACAAGAUAAUUUUGUUAAUGGAUUUAAAAUAUCUUAGAAAGUCUAAAAAAAUGAUAAAUUUUCCAAAUUUGUUGGUUUGUUUGAAGAUAUUAAUGACGAAGAUGAAUAUGAUGAAUAAUUUAAUAAUUAAUAAUCUAUACCUGAUAUAUAAAUUGUUAAAUAGAAUUCCUUUGAUGAAGGUAGCAUUGCUUUGAAUAAAACUAAACAAUAAUGUGUAGUUUAAAAUGAUUAAAUUGGAUUUAAUUUUACAAAACCAACAUUUAGUAAUGGUUUCACUAAUUCAUUUUAGAGUUCUAGGGUUGGACUUGAUGUAGUUAAUACUGAGAACUAAUAAGUUAAUAAAUAACAAGAAACAAAAAAUAAAACUAAUGUUUUACAUGAUACAUUCGUAAGUGGAUUUAAUAUAUCUUCUAAAAUAUAAAAAGAUGAAAAGUUUUCAAAAUUUGUUGGAUUAUUUGAAGACAUGAAUGAUGAAGAAGAUGAGUAAGAUGAAUUUUUAAAUAAUAAAUCAGAAUUAGAAGGAUAAGUUGCUUAAAUAAACAGCUAAAAUAAUUUCAAUUAAUAAAUACAAUAAAAUGAAGAUAUUGGAUUCACCUUUAAAAAGCAAAAUUCUAAUUCUAAUGUUAACUUUAAAAACACAUUUUAAAGUGCAAAAGUAAAUUUUGAGAAGCCUUCAAUAAAAAAUAAAGAAGAUUCUGAAAAUUUGUAUGUAAAAUAAUAAUAAGAAACUAAAAAUAAAUCUAAUAUUUUAUAAGAUUAAUUUGUUAAUGGAUUUAAAAUAUCUUCGAAGGUAUAAAAAGAUGAAAAAUUUUCUAAAUUUGUAGGUUUAUUUGAGGAUAUGAAUGAUGAAGAAGCUGAAUAAGAUUCGUUUUAAGAAGAAUUCAACAAUAAAAAAUCUGAGUUAGAAGGAUAGGCAGUUGUUUAAAAAUCAUCUGAAGACAGCAAAGUUGAAUUCCAAUCAUUCAAAUCAGCAAAAGUGACAACAAAUGUAGAAUUUGGAUUUACUAAGCCUAAAUCUGUUUAAAAUGACUAAAAAAUGUUAAACGGAUUUAACAAAGCAAAUUAAAAUAUUAUUCCUACAUUAAAAGAAAAAUCAAAUUUAAAAAAUUUACUAGAAGAGCUGAAUUAAGAAGAUGGAGAUGCAUAAGAUUAAUACUCUACAAAUAACUAUGAUGAAUUUUUUAAUAAAUAAAAGAAUGAAAAUUAAGAAGAAUUUAUUGGAUUCAAAACAGCUAAAAAUAAUAGAAAGUUAGAAGUAGAUGAAAAAGUCAUUGAGUAAUUAACAAAGAUAUUUGAUAAGAAUGACAAAAAUGUUCAAUAACCACCUUAGUAAAAUCAAAUUAAAGAAGAUAACAAGAAAAAAGAAUAGAAAUCAUAAGAUUACAAUGACUUUUUUAACACCGCUGGGGAUAACAACAAUGGAUUCUUUGGAUUUAAAACUGCUAAAAGCAAUAAAAAACUUGAGGUAGAUGAAAAAAUACUUAAAUAACUAACUAAAAUAUAUGAAGAAGAUGAUAAAAAGCAUGAAAAAAAAAUAUCACCAAAAUAAAAUAAAAUUGAUACUGAAGAAUAAACUAAUUAUGAUGAUUUUUUCUCAAAUAAAACAAGUAGUGAUGCUGGUGGAUUCUUUGGAUUUAAAACUGCUAAUAAUAAGAAGAAUUUAGAGGUAAAUGAGAAAUUAUUGGAACAGAUCUCAAAGCAUUUUGAUUCAGAUGAUACAAAAGAAUAGAAAAAUGCCAAUUCUAAAAUAGAAAAAUAAUAUUCAGAUAACGAUGAAUUUGACGAUUCAAAAAAAUAUGAAGACUUUUUUUCAAAUAAAUCGGAUGCAUCCUUUGGUGGAUUUAAAAUAGCUAAAGGAAAUAAAGAAAUUAAAGUUGAUCCAUCUAAACUAAUGCAAUUUGAAUAAUCUUUUUCAUUAAAAGACAACGAUUCUAAUUUUAGCAAAUCAUCAGUCUAAGGUAGCAGAGUUCCUAAAAGAAAGAUGAAUAUAGAUGAUGACGAAGAACAUCAAUAAUAAUAGCUAUAAAAAGAAUUUGGAAAUAAAAUGCUUAAAGUAGACUAAUAAAAUAAAAUAAAACCUAUCUCAGGGUCAGGUAUGAAGGAUUCUUAUUCUUUUUCAAAUGGAUUUAAAAAUACCCCUUAAACCAAAUCAGACAAUAAAGAUAGAUUUAAUUCUAAUAGUAGAUUCUAAAACAGCGAGUCUUCCUUUAAUUCAGGCUUUCAAAAAUCAUCAAAGUCAGAUGUAAUUUAAGAGGAUGAUGGGGAUGACGAUGAUGCAUUUUCUCGCUUUAUAAGAUAAAUUAAAAAGCCUGAACCAAAAAGAAGUCAUCCAAAGCCAUUCAGGUAAGUAAAAGUCGUAGAUUCUUCAAAGACAACACCUAUUGCUAAAGAAACGCCUAAUAUUAAAUCUACUAAGAUAGAGAGAAAGGCAAAUUAUAAAAGAGGAUUGCUUAAUUCUGAGGAGUCAGCUAACUCAUUUCUUUUUGCUAAAGACUCUGUAGAAAAAUCAGGACAGAAAAGUGGUAAAUCCUCUACCUUAAGCAAAAAGUUUAAGCCACAAAGUAUAGAAAGAAUUAAUGAGAGCAUCAGUAAAGAUUAGGCUAAAAAAAGUAAAGACACAUUGAAGCAAGGCAACAGGUACUCAUUUAUAGAUGAAGAAGAUGAGGAUGGUAACACCUCAUAUAAAAGAUAGCUCUUUAAUAGCUCAUCUAAAAAAUCUAACUUAAGUAGUUCCAUGAAGCAAAUACAAAUUGCUUUAAAUCACUAAUACCUCAACAAUCCUUUAAUUUAAAUGAAGUACAACUAUGAUUCAUAGAUAGCGAAUUCUAACUUUAUUAGAUAUGAUGAACUUAAACCAAAAAAAAAUUAGAUGGAAAUUGAAAAUGAUAAUUAGACAGGAAUCAUUCAGAAUAUGGCUAAAGAUAUAAAUUAAUGCUUGUAUUAUUCGACUAUGUGCAAUUGUCUUAGAAACAACUUAGACAAUCUGUUAAAUUUUUAAGAAAAUUCAUUUACUUAGCGUAUUGAGUGCUUUUGCUCUCUGCCUAUUCCUUCAACAGAGCCUGUUGAAGAAGAAAAUGCUCCAAAAAAGACAAAAGAAGCUGAUGAUGUACUUGAAUACAAUAAAAAUAAACUUUAAAAAGGAUUCUUAAACUACUUAAACUUUUUUGCCAAAUUGCAGCAAAAAGAAAAAACUUUGGAAGAAAAAUGGGUCAGAAAUCACUUUAGAUAAGUUGUUUGGAAAUUAUCUUGCUAUGAAAAUAAUUUGGAUUACUGUCCAGUUAAUAAAAAGCUAACAGUUGAAAAUAUUUAUUAUGAGUUAGAGUACAGAUUAUAUUCAGAAGUGUAUGCAUGCAAAAGAUCUAUCUUAAAAUAAAUUUAAGAACAAGAUGCAGUAAAAUCUCUUAAUAUGGUAUUAAUAGUAGCUAACAUUACAAAAGUAAAUCAGUACGGAUGCUAUGUUCUUGAACUAUCAGAUGGUUGGUAUAGUUUUUUCGUAGUGGUCUUAGAUCAUAAGCAUGUUAUUUCCAAUGAUCUUUAUCAACAAAAUAAUAAAAUUCUUUAGCUUGACUUAAUUAAAAGAAAUAAGAUAUAUAUUGGUAUGAAGAUGUAUGUCAAUAACCUAGCAAAACCUAGUGUCGGCAACUUAGAAAAUAUGAUCAAUCCGAAAUAAAAUAUACUCUAUUAAAAUGUAUAUGAAAUAUUUUAUAAUAACAUAAUCAAGGCUCCAGCAAACUCUAAAUUAGGAAUCUGCAGCAAUGCUUUGUAAAAAUAUUUCCCUCGUUCUUUGAAAUCCAUUAAACCUUGUGGAGGUGACACAAUAUAAUCAGUAGAUGUUUUUAUUGUCAAAAAAUAUCCUCUUUGCUAUGAGGCAGGAAAUGUCAAGGUCUCCUUCUGCAAUCCUAAAUAAAUGGAAGAUGAGGGUAUGGAUGGUGGAAAGUAAUUAGGUUUUACAGUUUUGGUAGUAGAUUCGUUAAGCUAUUAUGACGAAACAUUUAAGAUAGAUGAGCAACCUUGGGUUUAUAUCAAUAUUCAUUCAGUCACUCAUGAUCUUUAUGACUCUUUGAAAGAAGGCACUCGAAUCAGGCUUUAUAAUCUCAAAAUAAAUAACAGAGGAUAGCAAAAAAUGAAGUUUAAUUAUAAGUAUCAGAAAAUUGUUAAGGAAAUAUUGUAUUUGGAAACAAACAAAAAGACUAAAAUUGAAGAAAUGAGCACUUUUAUAAAAGCAAAAGAAGAUUAGUAAAGUAUGAAAAAAUUCGGGUUGGAGCUAACUGAAAACUUUAAAUUUUUGUUAGAAGAUGUACAAGAGAGUAUUUUCAAUUUAUAAUAUGAUAAAGCUUUAUAAGAGAGCUUUCUAUAAUAAUACAAAGUAGAAAUGGAUGUUAUAAUGUAUAUAGUUAAAAUAGAAGAUGGAUCUUACUUUGGAAUUAAUCAAAAUUAUUCUGCAAUAUGCAUUUCUCCUACAAAUGAAAUUAGAUAGAGCACUAACAGUGUUUUUAAAAAAUAAAAACCAGAUGAUGAGUAUUCUUUAGAAGAUGCUCAUCUCUAUGAUAAACUGAGUAAAAAUAGAGAAAUCAAAACAGCAAAUUAGAUUUCUGAAAAAUCAAAUUAGAUAAAACCUAAAUUACAAAAUCCUGAAGAAGGUAAGAUAGGUGUUUUCCUUAAUGUUUAGCUGAAUACUAUUAAAUAAUCAACUUUAAGCACAUCUAAUUUAGAAAAAUAUCAUUUCAAUUUCACUUUCAACACUUACAAAAAAACAUAUUCAGUGGAUAAUUUAAAUGCUCAGACUCUUCCCUACUCUGAUAAAUAUAAAAAAUAAAUUAAUGAAUUAAACGAGUUUUUGGGAAUCAGCUCAGAUAAAUUUUUAGAAGUAUCCAAUUAUCUUAGAAAUUAUAUUUGA